AUGGUAGUUAUUUCUAAUGCAUAUCCUUGUGUAUUCUUCAAAAUCGUUUCGGAGCAAUUCUCAUUCUGCAAUUUUUUUGCAACAUUACGAGUUUAUAGGAGAUAUUCCAACUGUGGCGAGGGCUUGUCCUGAGACACAGAUUAUUUUAACUAGGUGACUUACCAUGCACAAUUCAAGUUUGAUUUUUCAAAAGAUAUAAUUGUUUUGUAACCAUGAAAAAUUAGCUGUUUUGAACAAAGCAUUCAUGUAUGUAUAAUGACAUCAAUUCGUUCAUUCUUAAACAAGUAAUUUCCGAAAUGUCCACAUUUUCAUAAACAGGAUAUUAUUAAAUGACAUCAUAAAGAGAAAAGGGGAACCCCGUACGAGACAUGUAUUGGUUAUGCAAUACUCUCAUAAUGCUUGUUCAUUUUGAACUUCCUGCCAAAUCUGCAACUAUUCAAAGUUUUCCACAUCUUUUCAAACCCUGUACGUACAGUCCAGGUCCUGUGAGUAUUCUUCAUUUGAUGAGAAUCUUUCUUCAGGUGGACAGUAUACAUCAGUUGCAUAUUUAGCAAAGUCUAUCAUCAUUUGCUUUUCUGCUUUUGUUAAAAUGUUCAACUUAUUUUUUCAUAUUUUUCGCACCAAUGAAAUACUUAAUAUUGAUUUAAUAUCAAAGUUAUUCCCACCUCUUUUUCUCAACAUUUUACGUAUCCUUAGCAACACCGCACCAAUGUACAGGUAAAAGCAAAUUUACUCUCAAACUCGUAUUAUAAAAGCUAGCACUUUGUUUCCACCAACACAUUUAAACAUAACACGAAGAUGUCAGUUCCAGAUUUGAAAUGCUCGGUUGUUGGUGAUGCUCGAGUUGGCAAGACUUGCCUUACCAAAGUAUUUAUUGGAGAAAAGGGCGAUGAAAAAUAUACACCAACUAUUUUUGAGAAUUACUAUGGGGAAACAUUUUGUAGAGGAAAGAAAGCCAUCGUAUCAAUUUAUGAUCUACCCGGACAGCAUGACUUUGACCAGAUGAGGCGAUUUGCACUCAAAGACAGUAAUGUCAUCAUCAUUUGCUACGAUGUCCAGAAAAGAAAAUCUUUCGAAAAUGUUCAGUCUGUGUGGAUUCCCGAAAUUCGACAGUUCCUUGGAAAGACCAUACCAAUUGUUCUAGUGGGAAUUCUUUCGGGUAAAAAUCAAGCAAGAAGCGUGUCUAAAAGAGAAGCAAUCAAAAUCACCUCCCAAAUGCGAAUUCAUGACUACUUUGAGAUAUAUUCUGACGAUAAUGUUGAAGUGUCCUGUCUGUUUUCUUGUGUCGCAUCUAUUGCAAAGAAAACAAAAAGGCACAAUUCGUCCUUUCUUCGACGUAUGUUUAUAAAUUGACACUCUCAAUCAAGUCUAUGGGUGUUAUUUUAUUGUUCCAGAGGAAUAAGAACGUUGACCUGGUCUGAACCUAAAUGAAGCCAGUUGAACUACAGUAAUAUGAUGAUAGUUUUCAUAUGAUGGCCUACAAGAUAUUGCGAACUGUUCUGAAAUUCCAAUCUUGCAAAUAAAAGGUCUAAUCAUGAAUGAGCAAACUCCAGCACUCAAGGAUGAAGAAAGGGACAAAAUGACUGAGAGAAGAGACAUAAUUACUACGUAAUUAUUGAGAAAUUCAAUGUAUUUUGCUUGUAUUAUUGUCAUACUUUUUCGU